CUUAAAUUAAUUAAUUAAUAUUCUUUUUCCCCGUGACAUCUCCGCCAUUGAAGGAAGAAUCAUUUCAAAAUCACAAACUAAAGAUCCGAGCUUUGAGUUGUAGGACAGAAACAUUCUUAUCUUCAACUGCUUUCUGACCAUGAGUGUAAUAACCGAAGAAGAAAAAACGAAUCACGGCGGAGUCGUAGAGGAGAAGCCAAGACGAUGGCGACUCAACUCUCCUCUGUCUCAAGUCACCUUAAUGGGCUUCGUCUGUUUCUGCUGCCCAGGCAUGUUCAACGCUCUCUCCGGCAUGGGAGGCGGCGGUCAAGUCGAUCCCACCGCCGCUAACAACGCCAACACCGCCGUCUACACCGCUUUCACCGUUUUCGGCGUCUUGGGCGGCGCGUUCUACAACGUCCUCGGUCCGCGCCUCACGUUAGCCGCCGGCUGCUCCACUUACGUCCUCUACGCCGGAUCUUUCCUCUACUACAACCACCACCACCACCAGGCCUUCGCCAUCGUCGCCGGAGCCCUCCUCGGCUGCGGCGCCGGGCUUCUCUGGGCGGGAGAAGGGGCCGUGAUGACGUCGUACCCGCCUCCGCAUCGGAAAGGCACUUACAUCGCGCUGUUCUGGAGCAUCUUCAACCUCGGCGGCGUGAUCGGAGGUUUGAUCCCGUUUAUCCUCAACUACCGCCGCAGCUCCGCCGCGUCGGUCAACGACGCGACGUACAUAGCUUUCAUGUGCUUCAUGUUCGCCGGGGUUCUCCUCUCGUUCGGCAUCCUCCCGGCGAACUCCGUCGUCCGCGACGACGGAUCUAGGUGCUCCGCCGUGAAAUACUCCCGCGCCUCGACGGAGUUUGCCGCGGUGCUGCGCCUGUUCCUCGAUAAGAAGAUGCUGCUCAUCGUCCCCGCGGCUUGGGCGAGCAACUUCUUCUAUAGCUACCAGUUCAACAACGUGAACGGUCUCCUCUUCAACCUCAGGACCAGAGGCUUCAACAACGUCUUUUACUGGGGAGCUCAGAUGGCUGGCUCCUUCGCCAUCGGGUACAUAAUGGACUUCAGCUUCAAAAGCAGGAGAGCGAGAGGGUUCGCCGGAAUAUCAUUAGUCGCCGUGAUCGGAACCGUGAUUUGGGCAGGAGGGUUGGCGAAUCAGCACGGUUACUCGUUUGACAAUCUUCCGGUGAAGAAACUUGACUUCAAAGAUUCAGGGAAAGACUUCGCCGGACCGUUCAUGCUGUACAUGAGCUAUGGUUUGUUAGAUGCGAUGUAUCAGAGCAUGGUGUAUUGGUUGAUCGGUGCACUUGCGAAUGAUUCGAUGACUUUGAGUAGGUACAGUGGAUUCUACAAAGGAGUGCAGAGCGCAGGAGCUGCGGUGGCUUGGCAGAUAGAUACACGUAAGGUACCGUUAAUGUCGCAGCUUGUUAUAAACUGGUCACUCACUACGGUAAGUUAUCCUUUGUUGGUUAUUCUUGUCUAUGUGUUUGUUAAAGACGAAGCUGAUGCUGGUGAUGUUAGUGGUAAUAAGGUGUAGAGCAUUGAGUAGUUUCUAGUACAACUGCGUUGAAAUGCAUUUGAUAAUCAUAUGCAGUGUUUUCUCGUUUAAAUUACAUUUGAUAAUCGAUUACGUAUCUAAAUAACAGAAAGAAACAAAGAUUGGAGGCAGUGCAAUGUCUAUGUACUUUAAGGUAUUUAUUGAGACUGGGUAAAGAGAAGUCCUUUGUUGA